AUGGAGGUCAGGUGUGUUCAGGUGUGCACGAAACUCAGUGUGGCAGGCUACAUCGAAAAUGUUGCCAGUGUCAACAUCGACAUCAUUGCCCUGCACAUUACCGAGAAGGAGCCACCUCCUGAAGUCUUAGAUGUCGCUCAACACUGGAGAAUGAUUAGCACCGUUGGAAAUGAGCUUCGUGACAGGGGGGCUGAUGUAGGAAAGGUUGCCAGGAGGGUGGUCCAACUGCUUGACGAGUUGGAAGUGAACGACGACGAGGAUGUGAUAGCUACGUGGAUACAGAUGUUGCCCAGUUGA